UUGCUUUUUGCUUACUGUCGUAUUUAAAAAUGGCUGCUAUUGGAAUGUGUGAAACUCCUGGUUGUAAAUCAAUUGCACAGUUGCAGUGUCCGACUUGUAUAAAAAUCGGUAUACAAGGGUCGUUUUUCUGUAAUCAAGAUUGUUUUAAGAAGUCUUGGAAGACCCAUAAAAUAAUACAUUCAUUGGCGAAGGGUGAGAGUACAGAUGGGUCUAACGUGGAGUAUAAUCCAUGGCCGUCAUACUGUUUUACGGGGAAGCUAAGACCUUUUCCUGCUGGGCCAAAGCGCACUGUGCCUUCUCAUAUCGGUCGGCCUGACUAUGCCGAUCAUCCAACUGGUUUUCCCGCCUCUGAAAAUGCAGUAAAGGGUUCUGGCCUGAUCAAAGUGCUUGAUGAUGAAGAAAUUGAAGGGAUGCGUGUAGCGUGCCGCCUUGGGCGAGAAGUACUGGAUGAAGCUGCAAAGGUGUGUGAUGUGGGAGUAACUACAGAUGAAAUUGAUCGUGUAGUGCACGAGGCAUGCAUUGAACGGGAGUGCUACCCUAGCCCCCUGAACUAUCACAACUUCCCCAACAGCUGCUGUACAUCAGUCAAUGAAGUUAUAUGCCAUGGGAUACCGGAUUUACGUCCAUUACAGGAUGGCGAUAUCUGCAAUGUGGAUGUCACCGUCUACCACAGAGGCUUCCAUGGUGAUCUCAAUGAAACAUUCUUUGUUGGCAAUGUCCCUGAGACCAGCAAGAAACUUGUUCAAAUUACAUAUGAGUGCUUACAAAAAGCUAUUGAUAUUGUGAAGCCUGGUGAGAAAUACAGGGAAAUUGGUAAUGUUAUUCAAAAACAUGCUCAAGCUAACGGAUUCAGUGUGGUGAGAUCAUACUGUGGUCAUGGGAUACAUAGGCUGUUCCAUACUGCACCAAAUGUACCACAUUAUGCUAAAAACAAAGCAGUUGGCAUAAUGAAACCCGGCCAUUGUUUCACCAUCGAGCCCAUGAUCAACGAAGGGGGCUGGCGUGAUGAACAGUGGCCAGACCACUGGACCGCCGUCACUAGCGAUGGCUCACGGUCAGCUCAGUUUGAACAAACGUUGCUAGUAACGGAGACUGGCUGCGAUAUACUGACGAAGCGAACUGCCGGCCUGCCCUGGUUCUUCGAUCAACUUGAAAAACUAAAGUCCAAGUCUUAGUUGAUCCGCUUUCAAUCCACUGAGGUGAUUUUUUAGAUUGUCUCGUAAUUGUAACGCACAAUUGUCUGCCCUCUUACUUUUUUUAUUAAGUACCUAUAUUUAUAAUUUAUAAUACUGUCACAUAAUGAAUUAUAUUGUAGUAUUUUUCCUUUGGUUACUUGUCACUACAUUUUAGAGAUGAAAAGAAGAAGUGAUACAUUUUUUUUUGAAUUUUAUUAUUAAUUUUUCAUCUCUAAGAUGUAAAACCCACUAGAGAAAUAAUUACAAUACACCAGUACAAGAGUGAAAAAAAAAAAUUGGCAUUACUAGAUUUACAAUUACACAAAAUAUUGUUAAACUUACUGAUAUAUUAGUCAACAUGUGAUAAUAUAUAAAAAUAUAUUACUAUCUAAUAGUGUAGUAAUAUAUUAUAUUAUUUAGGUCAUGGCAAAAUUAAAUUUUUUUAGAAUUUUAGCAACAAAUUUUUGAAGAAUAAAAUUAAUUUAUACCAGUAUUGUUUUUGAAAGAUUGUUUUAAAUAUUUUAUAAAGCCAAAGAAAUGGGUCACUUAAUAUUCAUAUUGUAUCAUUAAUUAAAAUUUUCACUUAGUGCAAUAUACAAUAUAAAUUGUGCAUAAUAUGUAUUGUUAUAGAUUUAGAAUUAUUUUCCUAAAAUUAAUAAUAAUACAUCUCAGUGGGUGUCCUAGUUUUUAAAUUAAUAUAUUUAUUAUGUGUAUAUAUAUAUACAAUAUUAAUAAAGCUAGUAGGGUUUUAUAAAUUUGUAAUUUUCACAUUUGAAAUUAAUAGUUCAUAAAGUGAAUAGAUAAGGAACUUGUUUUUUUAAGUAUUAAUCUUUACUAGCAAAUUGCUGUAAUUGUCGAUUUGUUUUUACAUUUAUACAAUUGAACGCUUACCAUAAAAUUAGAACAAAUAUGGCAUUAUUUUUAAAUGCGAACUUGACUAUUGUGAGUGAUGAUAGCUCGAUUUAACAAUAAUAUUGUGUCAAAAUUGAUUCAAUUUCCAUUUGUAUUUGGUUCAAUGUAUAGUAAUAUAUUAAUUUUAAAUUAUUAACUGAGCUGCGAAGUGGAUUUUGGGACGUAUCAAUAUAAAAAAUAAUAUGCACCAUACCUCUGUACAUAUUACAUGAGCGCUAUCGAAUCGCAAAUUCUGCGGGACAUAUAUUUAUAUACAUCUGUUACGCUUGUCUCCUAUUAGGGUAAACAGAAGCAAUGGAACGCCAAAUGCUUCAAGCAAACCUGUUUCGCUUCUUUCACAUUCAUCAAUCUUUUCAUUCAAUUUUAAUUAGGCCCUUCUUCAGCAUGCGGCCUAUUUGAUCGAGGGCGGCCCCUACCCACAUCUUACAAUCACAUCAUAAAUCUCUUUCGUAAUUCUUCUUUCAUCCAUCCUCUCUAAAUGGCCAAAUCCAGCAACAUCAACAUCCCUUUUCAUUUUUUGUCACUACAUCGUCUUUCACUUCACACUUCUCUCUAAUCAUACUGUUUCUUACUCUAUCUUUUAAUAUAAUAUCACACAUACUUCUCAGAGCUCUCAUCUCUACAGCAUUUAUUUUACUUUCAUGGUUCCUCUGCUAUACCCACGAUUCUCAGGUAUGGACAUGACUGUUGGUGUCAGUACUCCCUGAAUUUAUGACAAGGCGAGCUUUGUACCGUUCCCGCUUUCACUCUCCUUUCAUUAUCUGUCUUACGCUUUCCAUCCCUCAUAACCCAACAUAAUCCAAAUAUAGAAACUCACUCACUUUUGCUCCACUUUUUCAUCUCCUAUCUUUAUCUGGCGUGCCAUUAAACUUCAUUCAUCCCUCUUAAAAACCAUUACCUUCGUCUUCUUCACAUUUAUUUUCAUACCUUUUCUUGCAUGCGUUAUGCAUGCAAUUAUGGGGAAUCUAUACUAUGAAUGCUAAAUUAUUGAUAAAUAUACUGCAAUUCAAAUUGAGAAUUAUCAUUAUGUAACAAAUUGUAAAAGUAUUCAAUACUAUUGAUUGAGAAAAAAUAUGUUCCCUAUAUAAUAUAUCUCGUCGGAAUCGAAAGUUUUACCGUAGUAAACGAUUUCCUACAUGGCUCAGAUACUAAUUUAUUACCGUACUGUGUUAUUAAAAUUCUAUACACAAGAAAUUGUUUAGACAUAUAAAUUGUUGCUUGCUGCACUGCCAUUGCAAAUUUAAAAAUAUACCAUGUAUUUCGUAAUACAGUUUUAUAAUAAUGUAUAGGUUUCAUUUAUUUGGCUCAAUUUUUUUUUUUAAUCCCUUAAAAACCAUGACUGUAUAACUAAGUUAUUGAACUGUAUUAAAAUUAAAUUAAUUUUGUAAAUGGUUAUAAGAAUAUAAAUCAAUAGUAAAUAAAAACUUUAUUACAUUUA